CACUUGCGACAUUUCCUGUUGGCUGUGUCAUGAAAGUUCCCAGGGUUUUGCCUCAUUACACUUUGAACUUGUUUCAAACAAAACUGGUGUCCGCAUUUUUCUAACCGUGAAUUCCCCAAAGUCAUUAAUUUAGCGAUUUGAGGGGACAAGAUGGUAAUCCAAGGAACUGUCCUUCUGGUGUUGUGUGCAUGCAUAACAAGUAGAGGUAUGUAAGUCAUUUUCUAGUCCUUCAUUUGCUCACUUGAGUGUUCUGUUGAUGGUUUGUUAUGGUUUCUGUGGUGGCCUCGCCAUUCAAACCGUUGUCAUGCAGCUGGAGAACAUGCUUAGCCCCAAACUGAUAUCACCCAUGCCGUCCAGCAGUAGCGAAUCUUGUAGUCGUGUAGUGAAGUCAGGUUGAUCCUGUUUUGGAGCAAGAGAAAGUCUGCCAGGCCAAGCUGUGAUGAUAUUGUAAAUUGCUGUUCUAUGACAACUCCCUUGUGUGUCUGCAAACGUGUCCCAGGAUCUGUUGAAUGAAGUGAUAUAUAUUAUGUGUAUACACAUGUUUUUAUCAUCAGAAUAAAUGUCAUCUUUCAUUUGGCUUCAGCUUCAGAAUCCUUCCGAUACCAGAUCUUUAUCUCAUUUCGCGAAAGCACCAACGCUGGGGAUAACGUGACAAUGGAGUUGAUUCACAUUAACGACACUGGCAACCACACCGAAACAGCACAUUUGACGGGACUCAAGACUUCAUGGCCUGAUUUCCAUGGCUUCGUUGACCUGCCCUCAGAUACUGGUGAACUCUCAUAUGUCAAGCUAAUUGUUCCAAGUGGGAGUGGUGCACAGUAUGCCUUUAGGGAGGUUACAGUACAAUGUGGUGGGUGCAGCAUGCCGGAUAUUCACAGGUUUCCCUGUCCAACAUACACAUGCUUGUUUGGUGCAGAUGAGCCUCAGGGAACGUAUCCAUAUUCAUCGUCCAUCACACUGGCUGCCGGCACUUCUGGAGAGGGAUCCUUUAAAUACCAAGUCUACAUCUAUGGAGGACUUCAUUCUGGAAAUGGACCAUCGAUAUCAGCUCAAGUGACUCUCUAUGACGGGAGGACGUCCUGUGGACCUCAGAUCUUCUACAAUGAGUCUGCUGCUGGACAAUACGCUCUGCAGGGUAGAGUCGCAGCAAGUGCAUUUGCUGAUAACUACUUCAUGAUGAACUGUGGAUAUCUGAGUGAGGUGACGGCCAUCAAGUUAGAACUGAAUUCAUUCGGCAAGCAGUACCAGAUUAGGAAGGUCUCCGUGAAGAAUAUUAUUUAUUAUGGAUUUAUGUAUUAUUUCCCGACAAAUUGCAAUGAAUUCAACUAUUGCUACAUAGCAAAAUAUAAGAAUUCACAGAAUGAUAUAAGUCAGACUUUAGGAGCUGGAGUUCCUCAAACACCGCAACCAACCACUGGUGUUCCAGCAUCAACACUGCCCACUGGUGUUCCAGCAUCAACACUGCCCACUGGUGUUCCAGCAUCAACACUGCCCACUGGUGUUCCAGCAUCAACUGCCCCAUCCUGUAUCCAGCCGUCAGGAAUACCAGCAUCGGUCCCAUCCAGAACCAAUGCAACAGUCUCCUUCUAUUCGAUUGAUUCAAGGAGUGAUACAUGCAUAGUAUUCAAAUUAGACCCAGAAGUCCCGUUCGUCAGUGACAUCCUUGCAGAGUACAGUAUUCAUGAUGGGGAAGAGGUCAACCGUAUAAAGUGUGCAAGGGAAUGUCAUUCAGACCCUGAUUGUGAAGCCAUGGCUGUUGCGUUCAAUACAAUUGGUGGAAAUGCAUUGGCUUGUUCACGUUACAGCUUGUCAUGCUUAACAGGACAGAUGGGCUUGUGAUAAGUUCUUUAAACAGGUAGAUCGAUUUCCUUUUGAACAACUGUUGUCUAAAUUUUGUAAAUGGAUUUUUGGUGUUAACAGAUUUACUUCCAAUUGUGGAGUUAAAGCAGAAUUAGGUCUUUAUCCAUUUGUUAAUUUCAUGUUCAAGCAUACUUUUAACUACUUAUCUCAUGUUAAAUCCUCCAGUAAUGCUAUUCUCAAUGAAGCUUAUGAAAUUGACAAUAAGCUCACACAGUCUUGUCGGUCUCGGCAAUUAUUGAUGUAUUGAAUGCUAAAUGUCAGAAAGAUUUUGACCUUUCCUCUGGUAGCACUUGCGUUUCCAAUUCGCUUGAAUCCUUGUAUCGCACUCACUUUUUCUCUGUCCUAAAAAACGACAGAAGGUCGGAUCCUAAUCAAAAGAAUAAACUCAGGACAUACAGAACUUUUAAAACAGAGUGUCAAUUUGAGCCCUACCUCGAUGCAUUAAAAAAUCGUGGGGUCUUUUCCAAAAUGGCUAAGUUUCGCCUUAACAAUCACAACCUACUCAUCGAAAAAGGUAGACAUUUUGGUACUCAGUUGGAAAAGCGUCUGUGUCCAUUUGGGGUGUGACGUAGUAGAAGACGAAUUUCAUUUUUUUGCCAGAUGUCCUUCUAUUCAAAAACUAAGAGAUGAGUAUUUUAAGAAUAUUGCUUUUUGUAAAGAUAGUCACUUGUUCUCCAAUUCGGAUUUUAUUUCCACAUUGAGCAGCACUGAUCACGACAUCAUCAUCAAGACUGCUAUUUUUAUCUCCAGGGCUUUUUACGAAAGGCAAGCAGCUCUUCAGGAGCAAUGACCAGUUAAUUUUACCAAUGUGACUUAUGAUAUGUUUUAAUGUAAUGUCUUUUAUUGUGUAAUAUUCAUGCAUGUAUAUGCCAUACUGUCUGUACUUGUGAUAGUUGUGCAAAUAAAUAAUUUGAAUUUGAAUUUGAUAAUGUCCAUUAUGACAGUAUUGGGUCAUGAUAUUGACCAGUGACAGUGCAUGUAAGUUCUCAGAU